GCUCGAUCGCACGGUCACACUGGCCCGAGAUAUUUUGUAAAUAAAUUUCAGGCUAGAGUCGUCGAAAAUGAAUUGUUGCAUUUGCCAGUUUUCUGUGCGCGUGCCCAAGAAUAUACACACGGAGACCGUUGGCCAUCCGCCGGUGCUGAUCAGCGAUCUCGUCCUGCAAUGCACGCGGGGCACGGACUACGUCCUCGCCGAGGAAUCCUCGACGAUCUGCAAGAAGUGCUGCGAGAAGCUAACCAGAUACCACAAGUCCAUUCAGAUCGCACGGAAACUGCGCCAGGAGAUCCUGGAACUCAUCCACAGUCCCUACAUGCCCAAGGAAUUCAGGCAGUCGCCGCUGAAGGACGAGGAAGUCGUAAGGGAGAGAAUAGCCAAGUUUGAUGGCAAUAUUGAAGUGGCAGAAGACCAAGAGGAUGAGGAGCAACUAGAAGAUAUGGACAACUCCACGGAGGCCGUCACGCUGGUGGAUACAUCUGCCAUCGAGGUGGAGGUGCCCGAGGAGGAGCACACCUUCAUCAUAAAACAAUCCGAGGAGGAUGACGAGUACCAAUCCGUGGACCUAGAGCUGGAUAUCGACAACGAGAUCAUCAUUAACGAGGAAGAGGCCAACGAAGAGGACGAGGAGGAGGAGGAUGUAGUGACACGUGCCAAGCAUGAGCCGCAGGAAGCCGACUUCUUCAAGGAGGACACCAUAAGCGACUUUGACGACCAUCUAGAUGGCACCAUAGAAUACAUUAUAUCCGAUGGCGAGGACCAGGAGCACGAUCAGGACAGCUCCGGCGACUACACGGUCAACAUUCAGUGCCCCAGCUGCCCGGAGAAGUUCACCAGCCGGCGCGCCUACAAUGCCCACACAAAACGCGAGCACUUUCCGGGCUAUGUUUGUGAUCAGUGCGGCAAGACGCUGCAGUCGUAUUCCGGGUUCAUAGGCCACCUCCAGAACCAUGAGCCUGUUAAGCAGUUCGCCUGCCCCGUCUGCCCGGAGCGGUUUAGCCGCAAGUUCCGGCUGAAGCACCACAUGGCCUGGCACACCGGCGAAACGCCCUAUCAGUGUGAGGUCUGCUCCAAGCGAUUCGUCCACAAGGUGGCCCUGUACAAGCAUAAGAUGAUCCAUGACAACGAGACCAAGCGGCUGGAGUGCCAGGUGUGCGGCUUCAAGACCCGCACCAAGGCGCACCUGGAGCGGCACAUGCGCUCCCACACGGGCGACAAGCCCUUCGCCUGUCCGGUGUGCAACAAGCGCUUCUCCCAGAUGUACAACAUGAAGGCCCAUCUGCGGGAGCACGAGAGUCCCGGCACGAAUCGCCAUCGCCGCUUCCACUGCCCCAAGUGCACGCACACGUUCAUCAACGAGCAGAACUACGAGUCCCACGUUCAGAGGGACGACUGCACGGCAAUUUAGCCCAAUAUCGAAUAGAUAUAUAGUAGAUAAUUUCAUAAGAAUUAAUCCCGACCAGACCGCAGCAGAGUAAUCCCCAUCUUCAUCGUGAUCACCACCCAGCUAAAUGAAAUCGAAUCAUUUGGCACUCAUCAUUACGUUCUAUCCAUGUACUUUUUUUAUUAA